UGUGAGCCGGCAUGCCCCAUCUGUUAUUAGCCUCAACAAGCCGUGUGCUGCCACAACACGGCUCGCGCUCGUGACAGACCUGAUACGAGGGUCGUGACCGAGCCAGAAAGCGCCGGGUCCAGGCAACCCGAAGGUUGCUUUGGGACAGAAGGGGGUUUCGCUCCUCUGGUCCGGACCAGUUCUGACCUUAAAAGAAAAGGUUUGCCGUGCCCCGUGCGACACAGGACAGUGGGCCAGGGCGCUUUGCUCGCCGCCCUCCUCGCCCGGCGCGGUGCCCGCAGCCGUGCCAAAGCACAGCCCCGCUGUCGUCGCCUGCCGGGCCGGCCGGCCGGCCGAGGGGAGAGCUUGCCCCUUCCCCGGGGAGAGGUCCUGCCGGGAAGGAGCGUGGUGGUUGAGAGGUAAACCCCAGUAACGCCUCCUCCAAAGCAACUUCCAGCACCGGGAUUUACGCUGCCCGAAACCCGGUGCUUUUUAACGCAGUGCAAUACCGCUGGAAAAUAGCGACCGGGGAAAUUUGCUUGGCACCUUCUGGCACCUCCCUGGGCGAGGAAGACUGUGCCGCUGCCACCGAGGUCCCCACGGACACCCAGGUCGGAGGAGGGCGGGCGAGAUGGCCUCGGUCUUCCGGAGCGAGGAAAUGAGCCUGAUGCAGCUCUUCCUGCAGGUGGAGGCUGCCUACUGCUGCGUGGCUGAGCUCGGGGAGCUGGGUCUGGUCCAGUUCAGAGACCUGAAUGUGAAUGUCAACAGCUUCCAGAGAAAGUUUGUGAAUGAAGUGAGAAGGUGCGAAUCCUUGGAGAGGAUCCUGCGUUUUCUGGAAAAUGAGAUGGAAGACAAUGUUGAGAGAGUCAAACUCGAAAAGUACCCGGAGGCCCCCCUGCCUCGGGAAAUGAUUGAUAUGGAGACGGUGCUGGAGAAACUUGAAGCUGAGCUGCUGGAAGCCAACCAGAACCAGCAAACACUGAAGCAGAACUUCCUCGAGCUGACAGAGCUCAAACACCUGCUGAAGAAAACCCAGGACUUCUUUGAGGCAGAAACCAAUCUGCCAGAUGAUUUCUUCAGUGAAGACACAUCUGGACUACUGGAGCUGAGAAGCAGUCCUGCUGCUGCAGCUGCCAAGCUGGGAUUUACAGCAGGGGUAAUAAAGAGGGAAAGGAUGAUACCCUUUGAGCGUUUGCUGUGGCGAGCCUGCAGGGGAAACAUCUACCUGAGGUACACCGAGAUGGACACCCCCCUCGAGGACCCUGUGACAAGAGAAGAGAUGAAGAAGAACGUGUUCAUUAUCUUCUAUCAAGGAGAGCAGCUUAAACAAAAAAUCAAGAAGAUUUGUGAUGGAUUUCGUGCCAUAGUCUAUCCCUGUCCAGAGUCUGCCACCGAGCGCCGAGAAAUGCUUGAUGAAGUCAACACAAGGAUCGAGGAUUUAAACACAGUGAUAACCCAAACUGAGUCCCACCGCCAGCGACUGCUGCAUGAGGCAGCAGCCAACUUGUGGUCCUGGGGGAUCAAGGUGAAGAAAAUCAAAGCCAUCUACCACAUCCUGAAUUGCUGUAACAUCGAUGUCACCCAGCAGUGCGUCAUUGCAGAGAUCUGGUUCCCAGUGGCUGAUGCUGGGCGGAUAAAAAGAGCUCUCCAUCAAGGAAUGGAGCGCAGUGGCUCUACUAUCACCCCUAUUCUUACUGCCAUACACACCAGGAUGGCACCACCCACCUUCAACAGGACCAACAAGUUCACAGCUGGAUUUCAGAACAUCGUGGAUGCAUAUGGUGUGGGCAACUACAGGGAGAUGAAUCCAGCUCCAUACACUAUCAUUACCUUCCCCUUCUUGUUUGCGGUGAUGUUUGGGGAUUGCGGCCACGGCGCUGUCAUGCUGGGCUUUGCGCUCUGGAUGGUCAUUAACGAGAAGAGCCUUCUGGCCCAGAAAAGCACUAAUGAGAUCUGGAACACGUUUUUCAGUGGGCGCUACCUGAUCCUGCUCAUGGGCAUAUUCUCCAUGUACACUGGCUUCAUCUACAAUGAUUGCUUCUCCAAAUCUUUCAACAUCUUUGGUUCUUCCUGGCAUAUCAUCCCCAUGUUUAAAAAUAGCAGUUGGAAUAAGGAUGUGCUUCUGGACAAUACGGUGCUGCAGUUGGAUCCGGCAGUCCCAGGAGUCUACUCUGGAAAUCCAUAUCCAUUUGGAAUAGAUCCGAUCUGGAAUGUUGCACUGAACAAGCUGACUUUCCUGAACUCCUACAAAAUGAAGAUGUCGGUUGUCAUAGGGAUAGUGCACAUGAUUUUUGGGGUGGUACUGAGUCUCUUCAACCACAUCUACUUCAAGAAAUACAUAAACAUUAUCCUUCAGUUCAUUCCAGAGAUGAUUUUUAUUAUCUCUCUUUUUGGCUAUCUGGUCUUCAUGAUUAUUUUCAAAUGGUGUCAUUUUGAUGUCCACUCAUCCCAGAGUGCACCAAGCAUCCUCAUCCACUUCAUCAAUAUGUUUCUGUUCAAUUACGGUGACGCUUCAAAUGCUCCAUUAUAUCUGCAUCAGAAAGAAGUGCAGAGUUUCUUGGUCAUAUUUGCUCUGAUUGCUGUUCCCUGGAUGCUCCUAAUUAAACCCUUCAUCCUCCGAGCCAACCACCAGAAAGCGCAGCGCAUGAUUCGGUCUCAAGACAUCUCAGGAAACCCUGGAGGUGAAAAUGAGGUAGACGUCGCCGAGACCAAUCACUCCAAGAAAGCUUCCCAGGGAGACCACAGUGGUGGCCAUGGAGGACAUGAGGAUGAUGAUGAAGAGUUCAAUUUUGGAGACAUAUUUGUCCACCAAGCUAUCCAUACCAUUGAAUACUGCCUUGGCUGCAUCUCCAACACAGCAUCCUACUUGCGGCUCUGGGCACUGAGCUUAGCCCAUGCACAACUGUCAGAGGUCCUUUGGACCAUGGUGAUGCACAACGGGUUCAACAACAGCAGCUGGGCAGGCCUCAUCGUCAUCUUCAUCAUCUUCGCGGCAUUUGCAGUGCUGACGGUAGCCAUCUUGCUCGUCAUGGAGGGCCUCUCCGCCUUUCUGCACGCCCUGCGUUUGCACUGGGUGGAGUUCCAGAACAAGUUCUACGUGGGAGCAGGGUACAAAUUUUCUCCGUUCUCCUUCAAGCACAUCAUCGAUGGCACUGCAGAAGAGUGAAGGCAGUGCAUCGCUGCUUCAUUCCUCAGACCAGGCUCUAUUUUCUUGUGGUCGCUCACCCACAGUGUAGGGUAUGUGGGAUGAAACAGAAUGGGAUGUGGCCCUUGAAAGAAGAGCAGCUGUAGAUGAAAAUGUUCCAGCUGCAUUCACAUAUACUGCUGUAUCAACUGAGAGCUGAACUACAUCGGCUGGGCUGGCUGCACCCUUGGUUAAGUAUCUCCACUGAUGUCUUUCUUCGCCAAGUACCUGGUCCUCAGCAUUCGAUCAGGUCAGCUGCCUACUGCUUGGUUGAAAAGAGGAGAUGGAGCUUUUGAAUUAAACUGGUUAUUAAUAGUCAGCUUGCAUGUGUUUUGCUCCAUUUACUGCCUUGUCUUUGUGUCGUAUUUCUUUCUGAGGAAAAUAUGUUUUGGCUGUUGUUUCAAGUUGUGGUUGAUCAUAUGACAACGAUUAAGUCCCUUAUAAGAUUGCAGCCCUUCAUUUAGCACACAAUGCAAACCAGCUCAAAGACAGAUCAUAUUGCAGGCUUGCAAUUUUCUACAUGCUUUACUACAACAACCAUCUUUUUAUCUGAUUUGCUCCAGGGCUUGACAGCACUGGAUUAUAGAUGUUCGCACACGUCAUCACUUAACAAAAGUGUUAGUUUUGAGCUGUGUAAAUAAAAGAGUGUGCCAGUCUCCACAUUGGCAGCCAAUUUGUUUCUCUCUAUUGACUUGUUUCUCAGUGAAGACUUAAGAUGACUCCCCCUGUGCUGUAUUUUUCAAGAUGGGUUGUUAAAGCAGACUGUGUAGAAAUGCUAAUACCUAAUGAACAGAAAGAAAAGAGGAAUCAAAACAGUUGAGAUGAAUUUGAAAUAUUGAUGUACUGUGAUCUUUCCUAAAUAUUCAUGAAUUACUAAUCUUUCAAACUGAAUAGUGUUAAUCAUAACAGGCUAUUUUUUUUAACCACGGUGGAUGUAAAAUCCCAAUGCAGCACAGCAAUGGAUUUGGAGGUGACAGUGCUCCCUUCCAUGGUGUGUGACCAAACAAGUCCUAUUUUCAAACCUCACACCCCUGAUAUCCAGCUCCACCAAAGAAACCCCCCCGGGAGUGUUCCCAGCAGGACAUGCAGUGGAAUAGUCACCAUGGGCCAUGAGUCUGCAGUAGUCAGGAUUGAGAGCCACCUUCCUGCUACAGUGACCAGAGAGAAAAUACCUCCCCAGGCAAAGCAGUUUUUCCACUUUUUCCCAUGUGGUCUCAAGAAGCCAUACUGGCAUUGGGCAUUGGUUACCAACAGAGCCACGAGACUUUUUCCCUUUUAACAACAGGUUGCGUUUGAAGCCACAGUUGGACCUGAGAAGAGGUGGGCACAGGAGUGUGUCCAUGACCAACGCGUGGCCUCAUGCCACCAGUUCUUUGUGCCACCUCUACUUCACCACGGGUAACCUACGGUACGGACAAAAACCACAUGGACAUGAAUGCAGUCAGUCAGUCGCUCAGUGUAUGCACAUCACCUUUGUUUCUUCCUUCCAGCCUAUUUUGUUUAUUCCUAUUCAGGAGAAAAGCUGUCUUGAAGCAGGAAAGGCAAAACUAGUUUGAUGCAUUACCAAACGCAGAGAAAACAAUUUGCUUUAUGAAAUAGUGGGUGGAUUUUCUGUACAAACACAUAUUUUAUCUUUAUUGCACCUUUCCAUGUGAUUGCAAUGUAACUGAGAAGGUGAUUACCUGAAAUAGAAUAUCUGCUCCUUUUAGAGCUUCUU